AUCGGGUGAGGGGGUUUUGGUUCAGCUCUGGAGCCCAGAUCCACCCCAGAGCUCCAGCCAGAGUGGAACCAGAGCAGCGCUUGUACAGUAAGCGCCCCCUGUUGGUUUUAGAAAAGGUCUACAGCUGAGUACAUCCAGAGUCAGCAAUGUCACAGUAUGACCAACUGGAUGACAAGGAUUCUGUGGACAUCCAUGACCACCCUCCUGCUCCAGAUAACGUGGUGAGAGAGGAGAACAACACGGUCUACUUCAUUUACGAUGAAGAAGUAGAGGUGGAAGAGAAAGAGGAACCUCCUCCUCCUGAGCCGGUCAAGCCUGUCAACGAUAAACCGCACAAGUUUAAGGACCACUACUGCAAGAAGCCCAAGUUCUGUGACGUCUGUGCACGCAUGAUCGUUCUCAAUAAUAAAUUUGCACUGAGGUGUAAAAACUGCAAGACGAAUAUCCAUCAUCAGUGCCAGACCUACGUCGAGUUCCAGAGGUGCUUUGGAAAAAUCCCUCCAGGAUUCAGACGGGCAUACAGCUCUCCUCUUUACAGCAGUCAGCAGAAUGCCACCGUUAAAGAGCUGCUUCCCUUUUCGCAGUCUAACCGCACUGACCCUGUGUACGAGACGCUGCGUAUCGGGGUCAUCAUGGCCAACAAGGAAAGAAAAAAAGGGUCUGAAGACAAGAAACAUAUGAUGAUGAUGGAAGAAGAGGAAUCGCAGCCUAAAGCUGAGGAAGGAGCAGCAGAGGAAGUGAACCAAGAGACAGAGAAGAAAGGGGACAAAGCAGCAGCAGAAGACAAGACGAAGAAGCCUGUGCUGGGUAAACUGGGGGUCUUCUCUCAGUCGCACUACUAUCUGGCUCUGUACCGGUUUAAAGCCAUCGAGAAAGAUGACCUGGACCUGCAUCCAGGAGACCGCAUUACAGUGAUAGAUGAUUCCAAUGAGGAGUGGUGGAGAGGUAAGAUUGGUGAGAGAUCUGGCUUCUUGCCAGCCAACUACAUCAUCCGAGUGCGCUCAGGGGAGAGAGUGUACAAGGUAACUCGCUCCUUUGUGGGGAACCGAGAGAUGGGCCAGAUCACGCUGAAGAAAGACCAGAUCGUGGUGAAGAAAGGAGAUGAGGUAAAUGGCUAUCUGAAGGUCAGCACUGGACGCAAGCUUGGCUUUUUUCCUGCAGAUAUCCUCCAAGAGAUCUGAGUGUGUGUGUGUGUGUGUGUGUUUAUGUUGUGUGUGUGUGUGCAGACAUUAAAACAAGUGUAAAAAAAAAAUAAAAAGGAAAUGUAUUU